AGUCCCUGCUUCUCCUCCCAUUUCCUGCUGGUGGAUGCCUUGCUGCUUUCCUCUGUAUUUUAAGACAGCUGACGAUCUGACAGUAUUAAGAUUUUCUCUGUCCAUUCUGAGAGAUGGCACAAUUGUUUCGUUAUUUCCAGGGAGAUCCUGUUGUGACAUCCUCUCCCACUGAAGUUCGUAUGUGGGUAGAAGAUUUGGAUUAUAGUUUUCUUUCAUAUGGAGAAAUUUUUGAAAGUGCAGAAAUCAAUGGAGAAAGGUUAUUAAACAUCACCAGGAAGCAACUUAAUGAACUCGGCAUAGUCCGCACUGACCAUCAGGAUAUACUCCUACAAGCAGUUGCUCGUAUUCGUAAAAAGGGUAAAACUGAAGAGCAAGCUAUGCACAGAGAAGAUCAGAAUAUCAAAAAGAUGCCUACCAGAUUUGGAAAAGAAAGUGAACAACUUGAGCAUGCUAUUGAUCGUGUUCUUUUCACAAUUUCGGAAAGAAGAUUCGCACGUAGUCUACAUGGCACUAUUGAACAUCCACCUCAUAGCAUUCUUACAGCUACCCUUGACCUGGUUAAUAUUGCCAGCAUGAUAUUAAACAUUCUGGAAAGGCCACCAUUUGAUUGCAUGUCAGAAUUUUCCAGUCUGAAAAAUCAUCUCAUUAACCAUAUCACAUUACUGAAACAUUUCUCUGAACAGUCUGAUCUUACCCAUGAAAAUGAAUCUGAUAUAAUAGACGUGUGCAAGGGUGUGACUAAGAUGUGUCACUACAUAAUUUCUCUGCCACCUGAUCUUCCUAAACCAGAAAGACAAAUUCCAAGACCUGCUCAUCGUGAAGAUAGACCACCUAGGGUGCAAGUGCCAAUUACAACUGAACCUGAAAGAAUGAGUUCUUCAGUGAAACGCAAAGCUGAUAAUACAACAUCCAUUCAAGAUCUAUCAAUGCCAAUGACUACAUCUGUUUUAUCAUAUGGACCUCCUGUACAAGAUACAUCUGUUCAGAAACAAAGACUAUCUGAGAGUUAUUCAUCUUCACCAAGAGUUGAAUUUCCAAGUGAUGAAGGAGCAUUUACACUGGAAUGUGACAAAGGAUACAAAUCUGAAACAGAAAUUCAGUAUACAGAUGCAUUUGAAACUUUAGGAGGUUCUUUCUAUUAUAAAACUCUCCAAGACCUAACACUAAUUGAAAGUGAUACACCUCUUAUGGACUCUGGUUCUGAAAAGUGUGUGAUUGAUUCGGACUCUGAUAGAGGUGUUGUCUCAGAUUUUGAGUUAGAAGAACAAUCUAAAGACUCAUGGGGACUGGACUCUGACUCAGAAAAGUCUCCAAGGGAUUCAGACUCUAGAAAACACUUGUUUAAAGCAGAACCUUACCAUCUAGAUUCAGUCUCUGUUGAAGACUUGACCAAGACUGGGAAACACCUGACUCUCUGA